UGCCUCGUUAAUAAUAUCCACAUGAGAUACCUGCGUUCACCUGUAGGAGGCGCUGAACACCUCCCCGCGCGGCUGAUUUACGUCUCGCGUAGUAAGUUUGUCCCUCGCUGCUUCCUGUAAGGCAACAUGGCUUCACACACAUGCAAGACGUUUCUGUCUCUAGGUCGAAUAAAUGUCCCUGGUCUUGGACUCCAGAAGACGGCGAGCAGAGCCGCGUACGCGACCGGGCUGCCUGUAAACACCUCUGCUGGAAAUAAAGGCCUUCCCGAUAGAAGCGGUAGAGGAUCCUCUGUCCGAAAACCCAAGAGAGAUGUUGGGGAGCCCAGGACAAAGAAAAUGCCAGUGGAUCAGGACUGGACUGCAGUUUAUCCAGCAGCGACCCCCUUCAGACAGGACUCCAUCCCCCUACCUGUGAGGAUGGGCUACCCUGUGAAGGGAGGCGUCCCUCCAGAGAAGAAGGGCAACUUGGAGCUGAUCAAGAUUCCUAAUUUUCUGCAUUUGACACCAGCAGCUAUCAAGAAACACUGCGAAGCACUGAAACCAAUGUGUACAGAGUGGCCCUCCACCUUGGACACCGAUGCCAAAUGUGACGAGCACUUCCCCAUCAAAGCAGAAAGUACCGACUACGUGUCUGCAGGCCCGUCUGUCCGAAACCCUUCAGCUCGUAUCGUUCAUCUCAAAGUAAAGCUGUCCAGUUUGAAUCUGGACGAGCACGCACGCAAGAAAAUGCUGAAGCUCGUCGGGGAGAGAUACAGCAAAGACACUGAUAUCCUCACCAUCACGACCGACAGCUGCCCUUUGAGACAGCAGAAUUAUGACUAUGCCAUGUACCUGCUAACUGUCCUUUACCACGAGUCUUGGAAAACCGAAGCCUGGGAGGCUGAGAAGACCGUGGCAGACAUGGAGGAGUACAGCUGGGAGGACAGCCCGUCCCAGAGGAAUAUCUUAGAUGUCCUAGUACGCAUGAAAGUGGUCGGGGAAGGAGAAGGGCAGGACGUGCGAGAGCAGCUGCUGGGACGAAAAGAGGUGCAGGAGUAUAAAGACUCUGUCACAAGGUUGAAGAACGAAGGAGAGAGCGAGGACGCCAUGCUUCAGUACAAAGAGGCCGUCAAGAAAGUGUUCAACCUGUAAUACAGCUUAAUGUACAAAGAGGGUCUAUGUAGCAGUAACACAAACAAUAAAUGACUGAUAACUGCUCCAGUAUACAUCAGGAUAUCACAACUUCAAGAGUUUCAACUAAUGUAUUUAUUUUCAAAAUACAUAUACUGUCAGAUCAAGUGUAUGAUACUGUCUUUAAUACAAAAAUAAAAGGUAGUGUUAUAAGUUGGAAA